AGUCCUCGUCCGAGCCACGGUGCGCGCGGGUGCAGUCGUACCGCGACACAGCGACACCUCGCAAGGGCUUAUCGUCCUCGGAGAUCCUUCCAGAAGUGUUGGGGAAGGGGUGAGUGCGCGCUGGAAGGGGUCGCGGCUUCGACACUUACCUGUUCCGAGCUUCGGCCGACCUUCGUGUCGACGAGGCUCCAGCCCAGACAUAACAGAAAAAAAGGUGCAAGGAAAUUCGGGGAACAUACUUGAAUUCGGCGAUAGUAAUUAGAGGGAGGCGGAGCGCCGUUGUUUUCUAGUCACGCACGCGCCUCGAACCACACACUGCCGCGAUGGCGUUCGCCGGCCUCAAGAAGCAGAUCAACAAAGCCAACCAGUAUGUCACUGAAAAAAUGGGUGGUGCUGAAGGCACUCAAAUGGACAAUGACUUCACAGAAAUGGAGAGGAAAACAGAUGUCACGUACGAGCUGGUGGAAGAGCUGCAGGUCAAGACCAAGGAGUUCCUGCAGCCGAACCCGACGGCCCGGGCCAAGAUGGCGGCCGUCAAGGGCAUCUCGAAGCUGAGCGGGCAGGCCAAGGCGUCCACCUACCCCCAGCCGGAGGGUGUCCUGGGCGAGUGCAUGGUCACCUACGGACGCAAGCUGGGCGAGGAGAGCUUGUUCGGUAUUGCGCUUCUCGAGAUGGGUGAAUCGAUGAAACAGAUGGCAGAUGUGAAGUAUUCCUUGGAUGACAAUAUCAAACAAAACUUCCUAGAACCCUUGCACUAUCUUCAAACCAAAGAUUUAAAGGAAGUUAUGCAUCAUCGAAAGAAGCUUCAAGGGCGCCGUCUCGAUUUCGAUUGCAAACGACGCAGACAAGCUAAAGUGAGCGGGAAGAAGGGGCCCCACGGACUGAGCCCAUGUGCCAGCCCUGCCCGCAGCCCCAUGGCUGCCAUGGGUUCUCACAUUACAGAUGAGGAAAUAAAAAUGUCUGAAGACAAGUUCGCAGAGUCGCUACACCUUGCACAGAUGGGAAUGCACAACCUAUUGGAUAAUGAUGUAGAACAGAUUUCGCAGCUGGCUACGUUCUCGGAGGCGUUGUUGGAUUACCACCAGCAGUGUGUUGAAAUCCUGAAAGUUAUCACAGAAACCUUGAUGGAGAAGAAGCAGGAGGCGGCCAGCCGGCCCAAGUCUGAGUUUGUCCCGAAGACGCUGUCGGACCUGAACGUGGAGGGUCUGUCGGACGGACUGAACGGUGCGUCGACCCAACACCCGCCCUCCAGCACCGGUCAGUACGGCAGAGUCGGCGACCACGACCCCUUUGACCCCUGGCAUGUCCCGGCCCCGGCUCCGUCUCCGUCUCCGUCUCCGUCGUGGCAUGCCCAGGCGCCGGCGCCGGCGUGGCACUGCCCGCCCCCCACAGGGACCUCUCGAUCUUCUUCCCCUGUUCAUCCCAAACCAAACCAACUGGAGCUGUUCCCAUCUGGUAACCAACCACGCUCUUCUAAUGCAUCACCGCUGCCAUCGCCCAUGCGGUCGCCCGCCCGGACGCCCAUGACGUCGAACAAAGGUCCGUGCUGUACCGCGCUCUACGACUUCGAGCCCGAGAACCCUGGCGAACUUGGCUUCAAGGAAGGUGAGACGAUUACCUUGCUGAGCAAAGUUGACGAGAACUGGUUUGAAGGGAGCAUCCACGGCCGAACCGGUUAUUUCCCGGUAUCUUACGUGCAAGUGGUGGUACCCUUGCCAUAAAUCCAUGUUUCUCGCUUUCUUGGUGUGUGUGUUUUAUCUUUGUUGCCAUGUGAUAACAGUCUCGUCAAAACUGUCUGGACAAACUCACGUUGUGUAAGAGUAGCAUUGAGUUCUGCAUCGACUGUGUGUUCUUGUUGCCCUUACGUUUGUAUUUUGAGAUUAGCUGAAUUUAUUGUAAUCUUAGGAAAGGGGUUAUGUUUUCAAUUACACAAUAUUGCAAUGAUUUGAUAAUUCUCUACAAUUCUCGACUGAGUAAAAAGGAAAGCAUGAAAUAAUUGUAAGCAAAGCAAAAUGGUUUUUUGGUAAUGAUAAAUAUAAUAUUUUUGCUAGCAUUUCAAAAAUUGUUUAUCUGCUAGACUAUGAACAUUUCAGUGAACAUUUUAUUGAAAUAUGUAAUUUGCAAUGUUAAAGUGGCUUAUUUUGGUGUUAAGAUGUGUUCAUGAGUCAUAGAAUAUUUUUUUUUGCUGCAUUGUGAUUAUUUUAUUUAUCCCCUUUUUUCUUUUGCGUAGAAAUUUUUUAAUCAAAUCAAAAUUAUUUUAAAUGGCAAAUGCAAUCAAAAUUUUAUUGAAUGGUCACUUGUACGUAACAUCAGUAACCUCUCCAGGCAAAGGAAUUGUAGAGUAUAUCUGUAGAACUAUUUUGUAAGUAGCAUUAUUUUGUAGCAUUUAAUAUGUUGCAAGGUAGUGUGACAAACAUGAAAGCAACUGUGGUGUUGAAGAUUCUGCCAUUGUUUGGAUUAGAACCUUCCUUCCCUUAUCAAAAAUUAUAAUUUCAGUGUGCAUAGAAAAAUUUUAAUUACCUUGUGAGCCUUUAAUUACAUUGUGUAUUAAAUUUUUUUAAUGAAUUUACUCCAUAGUGAGAGUUUCAGUGAUAUUUUAUUUUUAUGUAAAAAUGUUUUAAUUAGUUAUAUAGAUUUAUUUUUAUAGCAUUUUAGAUAUGUGAUAAUGUGUUUAAAAACAUUUUUAACUUUCUAAGUAAACAACUUUUAAAUAAGGAUGGGGAACUCCUUUUGCCUUUUGAGAUAAAUUUUAUAGGUAAUUAUGUAUAAAUAUAAAAUACUAAUCAAACGUGUGUGUUCACUAUUUAUUUGUUGUUGAGCUUUGUCCAGGCCGGGUUUGACGGCGCUGUUUAUGAAAUUGUGUGAUUUGCGUCACAAUAUGUACUUGUACAGUCAUUUAUGUUAUGUAUAAAUGAUUUGGAAUACUCU